UCGAAUUUGGCUGUUUAUUAAUUUUUUUUUGAAGAGCCCUACUGUUUUGCAUUUCUUUUCUUCGAGAAGAGCGUGUGAUACACAUCCAAACGCAGGCGCGUAGAUCCCCUGGGACUCCAAAGUCAGCCGCCAGAAGAGAGUAAGAGAAAGCUUUGACCAAAGCCAUCGCCACUCCAACAACCUUUCUCGUUAUCUCCCUGCAUUCUUCCACUUCUUCAACGCUUUCUCUCUCUAAAUUCAGAAUUCAGUACACCAAAAUCACAAAAACAACAAUGGAGAUCGCCUUAGGGUUCGCCUUUCUCUCACUCAUAUCCCUCUCUACGUGGGGCGCGGCUGCUCCGGCGCCGGCGGGAAAUUCCACAGCAUGCCCGAUUGAUCUGAAUUACUUGUCCCGAAUCGGUUGGAACACGACGAGUUGCCGGAAUUUCAAACCUCCGGCGAAACCGAAAAACCAAUCAGCUGAUCACCCCAAAACUCCGUGUUGCCAAACCUUACUAUCCCUCUUCGGCAUCGGUCUGGCCCAACACCUCAAGGAGACUUCCCAAUUCCAGCUCCCCAAUGUCCAGACCUCCGCUUCUUGCCUCGAAGAUUUUCAGUCCAAGCUCUCGUCGUUUUCCAACUCCAAUGGUCUUUCCCUGUCGAACGACGCCGUUUCGUACUGCUUUAACCCUGUCCAGUUCGUGAUCGCUCCAAAUCUAUGCGCCCGUAUUCAGUCCUCAGACGACUGGGUCCGUCAUCUCGGACACACCUCGGUGCUCGACACGGCGUGCCGCCCGGACCUGACAGAUCUCACCAGCUGCGAUGGUUGUGUAGCUGCCGGUUUCAAAGUCCAGGCGGAGUUGACCUCUCGUGACGGUAACACUUCUCACGCUAAUGACUGUUGGUACUUUGCUAUACUGUAUGCUGCCGGCAUAGUUAACGAGUUUGGGCCGGAAAGUAAAGGUGCCGUUUCCUGUAUCUUUGGGUUGUCAGUGGAUUCACAUGUGGGUUCUGGGAAUAAGAGCCGUACGCCUCUUGUUUUUGGGUUAACUGGUGCUGGGGUUGCUAUUUUAGUCAUGUUUAGCUUGUUGGGUCUGUAUUUUUGGUAUGAUAAGAGAUGGAGGAGUAAAAGUUUGGAAGGAGGGACUGGUUUGGAAGGUGGGUUUGAUUUGGAUGAGCCGGGGUCGAGGCCUCGAGUGAGACCCAAUACUGGUGCAAUUUGGUUUAAGAUUGAGGAGCUUGAGAAGGCGACUAACAACUUCUCGCAGAAGAAUUUCAUAGGAAGAGGUGGGUUUGGUUUGGUUUACAGAGGGGUUUUAUCUGAUGGAACUUCUGUUGCGGUGAAGAGAAUUAUCGAGUCUGAUUUUCAAGGGAAUGCUGAGUUUUGCAAUGAGGUUGAUAUCAUUAGCAAUUUGAAACACCGAAACCUUGUGCCUCUUAGAGGGUGUUGUGUGGUUGAUGGGGGUGAGAAUGAGAAUUAUAAUGAGAGUGAAAGCCAAAGGUAUCUUGUUUACGAGUUCAUGCCAAAUGGGAAUCUGGAUGAUCAUUUAUUUCUUCAAUCAGAUAUCCAUGGUGGAGUUGAGAGACCACGAUUGACAUGGCCUCAGAGGAAGAGCAUAAUUUUAGAUGUGGCUAAAGGGUUAGCUUAUUUGCAUUAUGGAGUGAAGCCUGCAAUAUAUCAUAGAGAUAUUAAGGCCACCAAUAUAUUACUUGAUGUUGAUAUGAGAGCAAGAGUGGCAGAUUUUGGACUUGCAAAGCAGAGCAGGGAAGGACAGUCACAUAUGACAACCAGAGUGGCAGGGACUCAUGGCUACUUAGCUCCUGAGUAUGCUCUUUAUGGACAGCUAACUGAGAAGAGCGAUGUUUAUAGCUUUGGGGUUGUUGUUUUGGAGAUUAUGUGUGGGAGGAAAGCUCUUGAUUUGUCUUCUUCAGGAUCACCGCGAGCUUUUUUGAUCACCGAUUGGGUGUGGUCAUUAGUAAAAGCUGGAAAAGUAGAAAAGGCUCUGGAUGCUUCAUUGUUAAAAAAUGAGGAUUCUGUAAAUUCAAAUCCUAAGAGCAUUAUGGAGAGAUUUGUACUGGUUGGCAUUUUGUGUGCUCAUGUGAUGGUGGCAUUAAGGCCUACCAUUAUGGAUGCACUGAAAAUGUUGGAAGGAGAUAUCGAAGUUCCUCAACUUCCAGACAGACCAAUGCCACUCGGGCAUCCUUCGUUCUAUGGCAACGGUAACACUUUCAGCAUAUCCCCCUCAUUAAGCGGGCCACAAUUACAUUCGGGAGACAUGCUCAGGUAAUCAAAGUCGAAAAUCCUUUUGACUUCACACAUGCUCGUCAGCAAGAAGCAAUUUUCAUAAAAGGCCCUUCACGAGUUGAUUCAAGGCUUGUGAUUAGAGAACACUUAAACUCAGACAACAACUCAUUAUUUGCCUACAACCAUUGUAAGGGCAUUCAGUGUAGUAUACAGUUGCAACUGCAUAAUUUCCUGUUUUUACCUGUACAAAAUGGGGUCGAGGAUUGGAGUUUUAUAUAGAAAAAUAUUGAAGAUAGAGAAGAUGGGUACAUGGAAAAUGGCAUUGAGGUAGCAAACUCAAAAGGAAGGAGAUUCAGAUAACAAUAUUAACGAGAACUCAUUGUAAAUCUCAAGGCUAAUUGGUUCUCUUCCUCUCUCUCUAACAGUUUUGGUCUAAUAGCUUUAUUUGUAUGUAUUACUGCAAGAGGUAAAAUGGUGUACAUGUAGAAAAUAAUUUGUGCUUAAACUGUUGCAGCAAUAUUGAUGGCCAUACAUCCCACAGGUAUUUUGGAAGAAAGCUAGGCACUUCAGUGAAUAAAAUUAAGAUCAUUGGAAGAUUGAGACUCUCUCUGUAGUUCUUUCUCCUGUUUUAAAACUUUGACAAGUAUCUAAUAGUGGUUUAUUGGAUUGUAAUGUAUGUAAUAGUAUACAUAUUUUGAUCAUAUAAUUGUAAAUAUUUUAAGUUUCUUUCAA